UAACAUCUGGCUGUGUUUUAUUAGGGUUUUCAUUUCACUUGAAAAGGGUGUAAAAAAAAAAAAAUGACAAUUAGAAGCAAAACAAACACGAUCUUUAAAGAAAUGCUUCAUCAUCGACCAUUAUCCUCCUCCGUUUUCAUAUCACCGAUCCGUUUCACUUUACCUGGCUUAGACCGUUUAAGUAUCCAACGUUCAGUCAGCUUUGGCGGUGUUCGUUGCGCCGCCUCUGAUUCUGGCUCCGACAAGAAGGUAUCAGCUCGGCUGUCUCAAGUUCAGCAACUAUUGCAAGAAGCCGAGGAGCGAGCCAGCUCUGCUGGCAAUGACCCCAUCCCUAAAAUUACGCUAGAUCAUGUGACUGUUAGCUUUGCUCGAAGUGGUGGGCCUGGAGGUCAAAAUGUGAACAAAGUGAACACUAAGGUGGACAUGCGUUUCAAUGUUAAAAAUGCGUACUGGCUGAGUGACAGGGUCAGACAGAGGAUUAUGCAAAUGGAGAAAAAUCGAAUAAACAAGGAUGGUGAAAUUGUAAUUUCUUCAACAAAGACUAGAACACAGAAGGGUAACGUUGAAGAUGCCUUGGGGAAACUACAGGCAAUCAUUGAUGCGGCCUCUUACGUCCCACCACCUCCUUCUGAAGAGCAGAAGAAGAAAAUUGCUAAGUUGGCUGCAAUCGGGGAGCAGAAACGCCUUAAAAGUAAAAAGACCCUUUCAGAUAAGAAGGCAUUUCGAAGAAGUCGGGACAGUUGGGACUGAUUUUCUGUACAUUAAGGUUUCAGUUUUUGAAUUGUUAUAUUCGUA